ACUACCAGUCUCCUCUUUGUCAACUAUCCGUCUCUCCCGUGUCAUCAUCUGUCCACUCUCGCUUUUCACUUUCUAUUUUCCAUUGUCAUGCACACACAAAUUACACUAAAAAACACCAACAAAAAGGAGACCAAAUGUCUCCAUCCCCCUUACCAUAUCUAUCUUCUCUUCUCCUCCUCAAGCAAACCCCAGUCUUUCCUUUCCUCUUCUCGUUUCUUCUUCUCCACCACCAACGUCGUCUCUUUCUCUCACCGAGCCUUCCCUUAUUAAUAUUAAUCUCUCCUCGUUAUUUUUUUAUUCCUAUUCUCUCUCUGUUAUUUUGUUCCUGCCAUUUGUUCAAAUCGAAUCCUUCUGUGAAAAAUAUAAUUAUGACUCGCCUUUUUCGAUCCAAAUCUUGCGGACUCGUUGGACUCCCUGAGUUCAAUUCCUGUCCACCGCCAAGUCCCCUUUGCCGUCAAAACGACAGCGAUGAAGAGGAAAACGAGGAGGAGGACGACGAAGAAGAAUAUAAAGACGAGGAUUUUGAUGGCGGUUUGACAAACCCAAUAUCCACUCCGUUUAUUAGUCCUGGGUCGAGAUUUGGAGGUAGAGGAGGGAAUGGCCGAGGUCGACAUGGCAGUAAUCAGUUCGCUAUACUGGAUAUUUUGAUGACCGCGUUAAGGAAGUCGCUGGUCACGUGCAGUGUAGAGAGAGAAGAUAUUUCUUCCAUGGAUAUUAGCUGGCCUACUGAUGUUAGGCACGUCUCUCACGUUACUUUCGAUCGGUUCAACGGUUUCCUUGGUUUGCCGACUGAAUUUGAGCCCGAGAUUUCCAGGAAGGUCCCCAGUGCCAGCGCAAAUGUAUUCGGAGUGUCUGCCAAGUCAAUGCAAUGUACUUAUGAUGACCGAGGAAACAGUGUACCGACUAUUCUUCUCAUGAUGCAGAAACGAUUGUAUGUUGAAGGAGGCCUUAAGGCAGAAGGAAUAUUUCGAAUAAAUGCUGAGAAUAGCCACGAGGAGUAUGUGAGAGACCAGCUAAACAGAGGUGUAGUGCAGCGCGGAAUAGAUGUUCAUUGUUUAGCAGGUUUAAUAAAGGCAUGGUUUAGGGAACUACCAUCUGGAGUACUUGAUUCUCUUACACCAGAACAAGUGAUGCACUGCAACACGGAAGAUGACUGCACUCAACUUGUAAAGUUACUUCCUCCAACAGAAUCUGCACUUCUUUGUUGGGCCAUUAAUUUGAUGGCGGAUGUUGUGGAGCAUGAACAAUACAAUAAGAUGAACGCUCGGAACAUUGCUAUGGUCUUUGCGCCCAACAUGACCCAGAUGGCAGAUCCUUUGACUGCGUUGAUUCAUGCAGUUCAAGUAAUGAACUUGCUUAAGACACUGAUCUUGAAGAACCUUCGAGAAAGGGAUGAAUCAGCUGCCAAGGUUAGGUUGCAUACUGCAAAUACAGUUUCCCCAAGAGACGAGAGAGAGCAUUGUCAGUCAAACUUAAACAGCAAAUCUGAACAUUCCUGUACACCUGAUGUUCCCAGUUCUGGUGAGUUCUUGAGGCCUGCCACUAUGAAUAGACUAGAAUCCAAAACGGAGGAGAGCCAUUCAAGUUUUCAUGCAAAAAAUAAUGGAGAAGAGGAAUUUGCGUCAAUAUCAGAUUGCAGGCAUCCUUCAAGUGAAAUAGGAGGUAUAGAAAAUGGAAUCAAGGAUGAGUAUGAUAGUGGGGAUUGGUUAAGUUUGAGAAAAGGGGUUAGGAGGUUAUGCAGACACCCUGUGUUUCAGUCGAGUAAGCCAGCUAAGAAGACUCAAGAUCUUGGAAUUGUAAAUAAUAGAGGAGGAGGAGGAGGAGAAGGAGGAGAAGGAGGAGAAACUUGGGGAUGAUUCUGCUUAUUGAGACUACCAUUUAAUAUGUUUGAAUCUUGGAUGGUUGUGUAAACGCAGCAUUAGUCAUAGAUAUCAUAAGUCAUAACAGUGUUUGUUCAUAAUUCUCUCUAAUUAGGAGUGUUUGGUGGCCCUAACUGAAGCUCUUGCUAAGUAGACAAUAAUCCUGGAGAGGACUCACUUUGUAUGAUUUAUGAUAAUAGAUUUUGUCUAUUAAUAACAAAAAUGUUAAUGUUGGGGUUUCUGGUAGAGAUCGAAGGAAAUUUCUACAGGCUUGAUUUUAAUGCUACUGGACUCAUGAAUCAAUCAUGACAA